AUGGCCCCGCCUAAAGCACCCCUUCCGGCCCGCCUCAUCGCCGGGGACUUCCUGGGCUUCAACUGGAACAAGGUGACCUGGAUGGCGCCGUACAACAACUUCUACCCCAUCACGGUGUGCGGAGGCCUCGGUGGGCGUCUGUGGUCGUCGUUCAUUCAGUACGGCCACUUCCACAACCGCACGGGCUACAAUGUUUUGCGCAACGGCAUGUUGGCCAUUCCAUCGGCCUUAGCUGCCUUCAUCAUGAUCUCGAAUGUCGACUGGUACCAGGGGCUUGCGUGUGCAUGCUUCUGCCUGCAGCAGGAGGUGCCGACGUGGGCGCAGACGCAGUACGCGGAGGAGAUGGUGUACCUCUCCUGGAACAAGCCCGGUGCGAUGGCGAAACACCACUACGCCGGGUCCGUCUCGAUUCCCGGCACAGAGAAGCUGAUCAUGGAGUAG